UCGAACUGCAAAGAUAUGCGCUCCCAUGUCGUGAAUCGGAUGUCCAAACGCGGAUGCAACUCUCACGAUUUCCUCAGAGUACGAUGAGUCAAUACUGGAUUGAAUUGUGGGACUGAGAUUGAUCGAAAAUGGUUCUUUCUCACAAGAGAUUGAAGCGCAAGCGCGAUGAGGAAGCAGCUGCCGCAGCGCUUGCGAAUCCCGACGCUGCCGGAUUUGCGAAGGAGGCUCAGUUGAAGAAAGCUCAAAGUGCAGCGCAGAAGAAGAAGGGCAAGAGGCCGAAGCAAGAGAAACCCGCAGAGCCUGUGAAGCCCGUCGCACUAAACGUCGGUGGUUCGGAUGGCGGUGACGGGGCCCGGGAGAUUGAGAGGCCUGUCGCUGAUUUUGUUGGCAUUCUAGGCGAUGGAGAUGGGGGCGUGGAGGUCGAGAAACCCAUCGGUGGGGAGAAUGCUGCGAAGAAUCGGAAAAAGAAGGAGAAGAAGAAGAGAAGGAAAGAAGGUGUUGAUGCUGCUACCGAAGGUGAUGAAGAUCGUCUCUCGUCUGGGAAGAUGAAUGGCGCUCUUGAUCACUCAGAAGCGGAGGCCGAGCCGACGUCUGUGAAUGUGGAGAGAGGGGCACAUGGCGAGAAUGGUUCUGCUGAGCCCCAACUCCCAGAGGCAGAAAAUGGUGGCCCCAAAGGCAUGACUGUUCGUGAGAGGAAGGGAAAGAAGAAGAAAGACCGAUGGGGCGCAGCAGUUGAGCAGGAGGAAGGGGAUCAGGAGAUGCCUACCGCUCCAAUAGGCAAUGAUGAGGAGGAACAUAAGAGCCAAACGUCAGGAAGGGAGACAGAUGAAUUGAGUCCCGGGGAGGAGUAUGAUACCAAGAAAGUUUACGUCGGGGGAAUGCCCUACUAUGUAUCGGAGGAGGACAUUGUGGAGUACUUCGCGGAAUGUGGUAAAAUGAAGGAGUUGGACUGUGUAUUGUUCCCAGACACGGGCAAAUUUCGUGGCCUCGCUUUCAUCACAUUUGAGACCGAGGAAGGCGCCAACAAGUGCCUCGAAUGGGAUGGAGCUGACAUGGGUGGCCGUUUUCUGAAAAUUACGAGAGCGAAGGCGCCCAAGGUCAAGAAGAGUGCCGAGCUCGGUGAAGUCAAAAAGCAUGAAGGCUGCUUAUCUGUGUAUAUCGGUAAUCUCUCCUGGGACAUUACCGAAGAUGCCAUCAAAAACUUUCUGAAGAAACACUUCAAGCCCAGUAACAUCGAAGCUAUACGGCUCGCCUUCGAUAAAGAAACCGGAGAGUUUAAAGGGUUUGGUCACAUAGAUUUCGGAGAUGAUGAUUCUUUAGAAGCCGCUGUGAGGUUAAAUCAAUCACCCUUGUUGGGGAGGCCUGUGAAAAUUGCAUACUCUGUGCCCAAAAGGAACACUCCUUCCAAUAACUUCAAUAAUGGAGAAGACACCAGCGCGAAGUCACGCACCGGCUGUCACAACUGUGGUGAGGAGGGCCACAAGGCAUUUUUAUGUCCCUCCAAAGCAGGCAGGGGAGGAGGGGGUCGAGGGGGACGAGGAGGCGGCAGGGGUAGGAGGUAGGAUCAAGUAGUGUGGAAAGUCGCCAUUCGUUACAUAUUGAUGAUUGAUAUUGCUUAGGAAAUGGCUGCACGUAAGGUAUAGUGCUCACAAGAAUGCUUUCCUUUCUCUAAGAGGGAGGAAGCUUCAAAUCCAUCAGAUAAGUUACGGUCUUGUACAUUAUAACAUCUUGACAAAUUGAAAUGAGUCGUUUUAUUGGUUAACCGAAAGGAGUUGGUAGGUCUAGUUUGAGAGGAGUAAAGUGAAAGUACGAAUGUCUCGUUUCUGACAGUAGCAAAAACCCAGUGUGAAGUCGGCACUCAUACGCUAGAGAACCCAAACGUGACGUACGUCAAAGCGUCCAUGGACAGAAGAAAUGAUGAGACGGUCGUGAGCAAGCGGGAAAGAAAGGAUAGACUAGUCUGUGAACGAUAAUUUUUGAGUAUAAUCACGUCUUGGCGACGGGCACAACCGGGGAGUUGAGAUGACUGAUGAACACUGACGGUUCUUCACAACGAUAGAUAAUUGUAUUGGGUUUACAGAUACAAUUUGUACACCCUGAUAAGAUCGACUCAGGUGGAACGGCCACGGUCUGUUUACGUUCCAGGUUCGAAGAUAGCGAGUCUCGUAGAGAGAUGUUCAUGAAAUGCAGGACACGAAAAUUGUUUAUCACUGUCGAACAAUGAUCUGAACAAUUCCUGUCACAGACCUGGCAAUCCUCGCAACCUUGUCACGUGUACUACUCGGUGAGUUAUAGAGAAUUUAGGUUAAAAGUACGUGUU